AUGGAGACAAGCAGAUUCAUCCCUGGGCCUUGGGAACCCUGCAGCAAAUCCUGUGGAGCGGGCGUACAACAUCGGACUGUCAAAUGCCAAGUGCUGCUGUCCUUUUCCCAAACUGUGGCUGACCUGCCUGACGACGAGUGUGAGGGGAUCAAACCAGCCCAGACUCAAACCUGCUACCGGACCCCCUGCUCCGGAGCCGAGGAGCCAGAGAACAACACGGAGAAGACUUUUAACAAGGAAGAACUACACGACUGGGAAUAUGAAGGCUUCACCCAGUGUUCAGAGAGCUGUGGGAGAGGUGUACAAGAGGCUAUUGUGAUCUGCCUGAACAAACAGACCAGAGAAGCAGCUGAUCAGAGCCUGUGCGAGAGCUCCAGAAGACCACCUCAGCUCCUCCAAGACUGCAACACUCAACCCUGCCCACCCAGGUGGGACACUGGGGAGUGGAGCUCUUGCUCUGCUACAUGUGGUGUGGGUCUAAUGACCCGCUCUGUGGCCUGCACACGCCGGCCUUUUCGGGGCAGUAACCACACGGAGGUUCUGAGAGCCGAGGACUGUCCGAGCCCCAAGCCCAGCCCUGUUCAAGCAUGCAACCGCUUCGACUGCCCUCCCAUGUGGGAUGCACGUGACUGGGGCAAGUGCUCGCGGAGCUGUGGUGGAGGAGUUCAGAGGAGGCAGGUCCUGUGCAAACAGCGCUUGGCAGAUGGCAGCAUUUUAGACCUGCCAGACACGUUCUGCCCGUCAAAGAGCCCUGUGACCCAGCAGGCCUGUGCCAGGCAGGACUGCCCUGCCAUGUGGGUCACCACCGAGUGGUCCCAGUGUUCAGUGACCUGUGGCACUGGCGUACAGAGGCUCCAGGCAGUGUGCCGGAAACAAGGAGAGGACGGUCGAUAUCGCACCAUUCAUCCUACAAACUGUUCUCAGAUCGCCCAUCCCAACAGCGUCAGGCCAUGCUCCCUCAGCCUCUGUGACAAUUCAAUCAAACCAGGUCCCACCAACCAACCCCCAAAGAAGGUUUACAUCCAGUGGCAAAAGGGUAAAAAGCUGCAGUUACUGGUUGGUGGCUACGCUUACCUGCUCCCCUGGACUCCUGUGAUCCUGCGCUGCCCGACUCGGCGCUUCCGGAAAGGGCACAUCCAGUGGUUAAAGGAUGGGAAACCUUUAUUCAGCCUCACUCACCUCUCCAUCACAUCUCUGGGAUAUGUCAAGAUUUACAAUUUACUUCCAUCUGACGCUGGAGUUUAUACCUGCCUUGAUGGUCAAACCUGGGAACAUUUAGUCUUGAAGAUAAUUGGAAGCAAGCAGAAACUGUCACUGUCAGAAGCUGCUGUGUCAAGGCUUAACGGACCUCAAAAACCGGGCCAGACUGAGCUUCCUAUUUCCUUAUUAAACCACUAUGACAACAUUGUGGAGCGCAUGAUACAACUCAAAGGAUCUGUCCAAGAUGUAAAAGAUUUUGAUAAACUUCAUUUAAGUGAAAAGAACAGAUCAACCUUGGAAGAUGAAAAAGAAAGUUUAGAGCACUCCGGCCCAGUUGUGCUUAUUGUUGAUAGCCACAAGCUAGAUGAGAUAAUGCACAGUCUGUCUGGGGAAGAACAGCUAGCCCACCUGCUUAAUGAGCUAACCAAGAUACACAGUGAAAGCAAUGAGUCAACCCAGUAUCCGGGAACAGCAACUCAAAAACCUCUCUAUUACAAUAUCAAAGUCCACACGCCAAGGCCAAGACGACCCGUGAUUAUCCAGCAGCCCAGAAGAAUAGGAACAGCGCCUUCUUCUUCUGAAAAAAUAGUGCAUGUAGGGUUGCCGGUGCUUUUGCAAAAACCAGUAGCAAGUCUGGAGCUGAAAUGUAAUACGUUGGGGAGUCCACCACCAAUCAUAAAAUGGACCAAGAAUGGAAAAGCACUAAACUACAAUGGCAGAGUAGUUGCUUUGCCCACCGGUUCACUAAAGAUACUAUUCCCAAACAAACAUGAUGAAGGGCUUUACACCUGCACCGCAAGGAACCGUCUUGGAACUGCCAAACUUUCAUCUUGGCUGCAAGUAAAUGUUGGAAAAGGAAGAAACUGUGCCCAAGGUCAGACAUGUGUGGAGCGGAGUAAUAGCAGUCAAAUGUUGCCACUGUGCACUGGUCAGGGCUGCUCAUUCAGGUGGCAGGUUGAACCGUGGUCUCAAUGCUCGUCUGCUUGUGGAGGAGGGUCCCAACGCAGGAGGGUGCGAUGUGUGACAGGUGCAGAUGACGGGGCCAAAGAAGUGGGGGUCCAUCACUGCACAGGACGCAGCCCCUCAAACACACGAUUGUGCAACAUGCUGCCCUGUGUCAGAUGGGCCACGACUCCUUGGGGACAGUGCCAUGGUCAGUGUGUAGGCUCAAGUCUGGCCACACAACAUCGCCAUGUUUACUGCCAGGACACAAACGGGACCAAAGUCUCCUAUAGGUUGUGCAGCAGACUUCAGAGGCCUAUCUCUGUGAGGAACUGCUCCACUGAUGCUUGUGCACUUCAGUGGAGGAUAGGUCCAUGGACACAGUGCACUGCCUCCUGUGGUCGUCAUGGUUUCCAGUCCCGGCUCGUCAGCUGUGUGCAUCGGCGGACUGGGGAAGGCCACGCGAGAACAUCACUGCAUGUGGAGGCCCCGCCCCUCCAGCUGGCAGAGGUGCAAUAUAUUGUCCUGUGGCAGAGGAGAGUGUCUGGACAGCACCAGAUAUUGUGAUAAGGUCCGACAGUUGGAGCUCUGCCCUUUGCCACAGUUUAAGAGCCGCUGCUGUGAGUCCUGCAGAAACACCUGAGACAUGAGACCGGAGAUGGACAAACUGGACUGGCCUAAGAAGAGACUGACCCCCAUAGUGUCACCACAACAGAAACGUGUGGACACCAUAAGGAGGGAGUCAUGUUCAUACCCACAUAACAGACAUGGCAGGGUAUGGAUUUGAGAUGGGCUGGUAAUGAAGGCUUCAAUUUUACUUAAAAGAAAAAAAAAAUCUCUCUCUACAUAUAUAUAUAUAUCAUAUGCCAGCAGCCAAAAAAGUUUGAAUAAUGAGAAUCAUGAACAUGUGGUAUGUACUUUUGAGCCAAAAUGAAACUAAAAAAGCAAUUUCUGCACCAGUUUUCCCAAUGGUGAAAAAAUUGAGUUUGAGUUUUAUAGCAGCACCUUACAUUCAUUGUGCGGUGUAAAAAUAAUACCACAUGUACAAUACAAGAAAAUAUAUUGAAUUUGAUGGGGGACCCCUGUGCUAAUCACUGGAUAUUUGCUUUUAUUGCAGCAGAUCCAAAUUUAUUGGUAACUGUUUUUAAUAGAUUGGAGAAAAAGCAGCUUAAACCUCUAAGUAGUAAAUGAGAAAUAAUGUUCACCUGGAAAAAAGCUCAUGGCUCAUUAAGGGUCGUUUAGCAGUGAAUGGUCGUUUAAAAUUCAUUUAGAUCACAGUUAUUUUAAUGGUUUUGGCCAAACAAAGACUAUGUUUGAAUUCAAUUGCUUUUGCAUGGGUUGCACUAAUCUAAUAUAGAGGAGUCUGACUGAAGCAAAUACAUUUCUUCUUCAUUUGAGGAAAAAGAGUGAGAGACUUUUUGCACUCAGAUCUCCUUUAUGCCUUUUGUUGAAAACAGGGCUUGGGAGGUGUUUUAAAACUCUGGUUUGUAAGUAAGUGUUAAGAUUUUAUUUUUGUAAGAUAUGUCUUAGAAAAACAUUUUAAGAAAUGUUUCUUUUAACCACUUAGUGACAUAGUGACGUAAUAGUCUUUUGCUGACAGACAUAUUCUUAGUUACAAUACAAAACAAUUUGGUAGAGAUCAACUUUAUGAUGGAUAAAAUUGAAAAAAUACCUGGCAGGCAAAAUUUGCACUUUUCUCUUUGAAUAUGUCUUGGAUGAGUUCUUACAUUGCAGUGAAGAGAGCACAAAGUAUAGCAGGAGGCUACUUGUCCUUUCAUUGAGUAAAAUGUUUUAUGUGAAAAACAUUGUUUAAAUGUAGAUAUUAUUUUGUUGUUGACUAUUUAUUUGAUUGUACGUUUUCAUGUAUAUAACUGUAAAUAUCAAAUGCCUGAGUAUUCAUAUCCCUGUAGAUUAUAUGGAUAUUAAUGUUAUGGGGACCCCUGCU